UCAAAUGUUAGCGGCAUUACGAGCGAAGUCAUUGUGUGGAGAAGUGCCUGUGCAAGGAUGCAGGUCGUACACAAGAUGGCCUAGCUCAUGAUCAGGGUUCUUGAAUAUCGAACGCUCAGGAUUCAGCAUAUCCCGACCAACGCUAUCGCUUCAUCCAACCAUUACCGAUGGAGGGUGCUGGGUCAGUGCAGUCGGUUGUUCUACGGUCGUUCUAGCGGAGUAAGAUUGGGGACGGAGAAUGAAACAUUGAACUUGGCAGAUUCCAGGGCGCUCUUGUGGCGCGUUGCAAUAAUAAUGUCAACAUAUUUCUGGUGGUGGUGGUGCAGCUUCCGGGACGGAUGGGGACAGAGGCGCCUCUUGAGUGGAAGCCGCAAAGCCUUGGGCAGUGAAUCGUGAGUCCAGGCUGAGGUAUGGCAAGGCGAACAGUCGGGCGGUCGGUCGAAUAGUCGGAGAUCUGCGGCGAGCAUUUGAGUUUGCGAACGCG